AGUUCAACCGGAAGCUCAGAGUACGGCGCUGUUGAGGAGGAGGACAACGUGUUUUACUGUUUGGAAGAGGUCAUGUCCAGUUUAUAGCUGUUUCUUUUAUUAAAUUAACAAAUGGCAGUGUCCGGGAAAAUGGCGUCGUUUCGUCUGCCUCCUUUACCAACCAUCGGCGAAAUCAUCAAACUGUAUAACCUGAGAGCUCAGAAGCAGCUAUCACAGAACUUCCUCUUGGACUUGAGACUCACAGAUAAAAUCAUCCGGCAGGCUGGGAACCUGAGGAACGCGUGCGUGUGUGAGGUAGGACCCGGGCCUGGAGGACUCACCAGAUCCAUCCUGAACGCCGGUGCAGCUGAUCUCCUGGUUGUAGAGAAGGACUCACGCUUCAUACCUGGAUUACAGCUGUUAUCUGAGGCGGCUCCGGGGCGAGUCCGAAUAGUCCACGGUGAUGUCCUGGCGUUCGGGAUGAGCACGGCAUUCCCAGCACACACCGCUAAGAGAUGGGAAGACGAGCCUCCCGAUCUUCACAUCAUCGGGAAUCUUCCCUUCAGCGUCUCCACUCCGCUCAUCAUUAAGUGGUUGGAGGAGAUGGCCGACAGGAGCGGGCCGUUCGUGUACGGACGCACGAGACUCACGCUGACCUUCCAGAAAGAGGUGGCCGAGAGGUUAACAGCGAGCACCGGAAGCAGACAGCGCAGUCGUCUGUCCGUCAUGGCGCAGUACUUGAGCACCGUGAACAACUGCUUCACCAUCCCCGGCCGAGCGUUCGUCCCCAAACCUGACGUGGACGUGGGGGUGGUACACUUCACUCCUCUGGUGAAGCCACACAUCCAGCAGCCCUUUAAGCUGGUGGAGAAAGUGGUCAGGAACGUCUUUCAGUUCCGCAGGAAGCACUGCUACAAAGGACUCGAGAUGUUGUUUCCCGAAUCUCAGAGACUCGGGAUGACCGAGGAGCUUCUCCGGCGCGCCGACGUGGACCCGACUCUCCGUCCCGCCGACAUCUCCAUCAGCCAGUUCAGAGCUCUGGCGGACUCCUACAGCAGGCUGUGCAGAGCAAACCACACGCUGUUCAGCUACGACUUCAGAGAAGAGCUGAGGCAGAAACGUCAGCGCCACAGACAGACAAAGAGAGAGAGACGCUAACGGCUGGACGCGUUUACGCUCCGGUUCAGCCGUGAACCUUUCACACCUUUCCCCUUCAGCUGCAGUGUUUCAGUGUAGAUGAAACAACGGCCUGGAGGUAAGACGGUGUAGUUUAAGUUUAUAUAGACGUCUGCGAUAUUUAUUCGCGAUCCUCAGUGCAACCACUCAAAGUCCUUCGUGAACCGAUUCAGACGUUGAAAAUAAUUUAUUUCUGUAGUUAUCCAGGCCAUUUCUCUUUCUCCGAGCUGUUCAGAAGCGAGCUUAGACUUUGACUCUGAAUCGCUGUCAUAUAACAAAGUGACAGCACAAAGCCUCGCUAACACCGAGCUUAGCAGAGGAAAAUGUUUCUCUAGCGACGACGUCGGAGAGAAAGCUUCCAAGACUUCAGAGCUUGCUGCGUCGCAUGAAUAGUAAAUAUAUAAAUAAAUGCAUGCGUGAUUGACGGCAGAGUUUCACUGUUAGAGAAGCAGAACACUUAUGAAAAUUGGGUAUAAUAUAGAAAAAAAAAGCUGUUCCUCAAAAUCUACGCUAAGGAAAUGUCUAUACGUCUCAGUAUACAAUAACAUCGUAUCAUAACCGUAUUAGCUAGUAAAAGCACCCGGUCCCAUGUUUAUUUAUUUGUGACAAGACCGCGUGUUAAGGUAAAAGAUUUUAUUACUCGAGUCGAAAAUGGUCCAGGGAUUCAGAACGAGUAUCUCGCUCACACACUGAAAAGUAGUAAGGUUUUUCAGGAGGUUGGGGUAUAUAAAUUAGUAAUUGUGCAUUUUUCCUUAUGGACGUUUGAAGGUAUUGACGAGUAAUGUGAAAACGAACUCAGACUGAUUUAAUAGCGUGAUGGUACUGAAAAUCAGGACAUUAACCAGCCGACAAACCCGUAUCACACCACUCCAUCAGACUCGGACACACUUCCAUUCGUCUCGGUCCGCGUGACCGAGUGCAUCCGUCUUGUUUAUUUCAUUACAGCCACACAGUCGAUAGGACGAAUACCAAAAGACAUUUUUAUUCGUCGUUCCUUUAAAAACCUCUUUGCAGCACGGCUGUACAAAGCACAGACAGCAGUUUACCGCGUGCGGCACUUCAAAUCGUUGAAACGCCGCACUCAAAUUAAAUUAGUCAUAAAAAAUACUAUACAUAUUUGGUGUGGUUCUGUUUUGUGUUAGAAUACCUGGCAACUCACUCAGCGCUGAUUGUAUUGGCUGCUCGACUGUUCUGUACGUCACACAUGGACCCCUUAUUGAUUUAAGGCUGUUUCUGUAACACACACACACACACCUCGUGCAAACUUCAAAGGGGUGAAGAAAAGAAAAUCUAAUCUUAACCUGUAGUUUGGCUUUCUGUUCAAAAGGAAUAUACAGUUAUCAAUAAAUAAGAUGACUAAGACCCGAGCGUGUACAAAUAAAAGCACAGCGAAAAAAAAUAAGGCACUAAAUAAACAGAUGCAACAUCUGGAUGGUUGUUCCUGAAGUUAAGCACAGGUUCAGUGAUGUGAGUUGCUCCGGCUAUUAAAGGUGCAGUAAGUGAUUUUAAUGUGCCCCGCCCAGUUCAUCCAAAAUCACUCACUAAACGUUCAACACAGAUUCGAGUUUCCUUCUCCAGUGUACGGAUUGGUCGCUAUGAGGUCGUAGCCGUGG